GCUUCCUGCGGCGGUGCAAAACAGACUGGCGAUCUCAGCAACGGAGAAUUGCAGUUUCUGGUAGUGGAGGAAGAAACAGACCCAGUGAUGGCCUCGGGUCCUAUAGCACCUUACAACUCCAGUCUUAUGAGGAACAGCUCCAGCCAAAAUGCGUCCAGAGAGAGCCUAAAGAUGGAGCCGAUGGCAGAUGUUGCCUUACUGCCCGGAGAAGAGAGAGUGAUCGACAAGGAGAUCAUCUACAUGUGUCCAUUUAAUGGUGCGCUCAAAGGAAAGGUGUUCAUCAGCAACUACAGACUUUGCUUUAAGAGCACUGAAACAGAGACACCAGUUACUCUGAACAUGCCCUUAGGUGUCAUUAGUCGUGUAGAGAAGAUGGGAGGAGCCACCAGUCGAGGAGAGAACUCUUAUGGGCUUGACAUCACCUGCAAGGACAUGAGGAACCUGCGAUUUGCUCUGAAGCAAGAAGGCCACAGUCGAAGAGACAUUUUCGAGAUCCUUUUCAAAUAUGCUUUUCCACUUUCUCAUGGAAUGCAACUCUUUGCAUUUCUGAGUCAGGAAAAGUAUGAGGAGAAUGGCUGGAACAUUUAUGAGCCCAUGGAAGAGUACAGAAGGCAGGGUCUACCCAAUAAUGAGUGGAGGAUCACUUUCAUCAAUAAGAACUAUGAGCUGUGUGACACCUAUCCUACAAUUCUUGUUGUUCCAUACAAAGCCUCAGAUGAAGAUCUGAGAAAAGUCUCGACAUUCAGGUCUCGUUGCCGCAUCCCGGUAUUGUCAUGGUUUCAUAAAAAGAACCAUGCUGUGAUCACACGGUGUAGCCAGCCUUUGGUGGGCAUGAGUGGCAAGCGCAACAAAGAUGACGAACGUUAUUUGGACGUAAUCCGCGAGGCCAAUGGUACCGCCAAACUCACCAUCUAUGAUGCCAGGCCCAACGUCAAUGCUGUGGCAAACAAGGCCACGGGCGGGGGUUACGAGGGCGACGAUGCAUAUCAGAACUCUGAGCUGGUCUUUCUGGACAUCCAUAAUAUCCAUGUGAUGAGAGAAUCACUGAAGAAACUAAAGGACAUAGUGUACCCCAAUGUGGAAGAAUCUCAUUGGCUCUCCAGCCUGGAGUCCACCCACUGGCUAGAGCAUAUCAAGCUGGUGUUGUCAGGGGCCAUCCAGGUGGCUGAUAAGGUUUCGUCUGGUAACUCUGUGAUGGUGCACUGCAGUGACGGCUGGGACCGCACAGCUCAGCUCACCUCUCUAUCCAUGCUGAUGCUGGACUCCUACUACAGAACUCUCAGGGGCUUCCAGGUGCUGCUGGAGAAGGAAUGGAUCAGCUUCGGACACAAGUUUGCCUCAAGAAUCGGUCAUGGAGACAAAAACCAUGCAGAUCAGGACAGAUCACCUAUCUUUUUGCAAUUUAUUGACUGCGUGUGGCAGAUGACUAAACAGUUCCCCACAGCGUUUGAGUUUAAUGAACGUCUCCUGGUGGUAAUCCUGGAUCACCUGUUCAGCUGCCGCUUUGGCAAUUUCCUCUAUAACUGUGAGAGUGCCCGUGAGAGCAAUAACGUUCGGACAAAGACAGUAUCUCUGUGGUCUUUGAUCAACAGCGACACAUCCUCAUAUAUAAACCCCUUCUACACACCAGAGUCCAGUCGUGUGCUUUACCCUGUAGCCAGUAUGCGCCACCUAGAGCUGUGGGUGACUUAUUACAUCCGAUGGAACCCUCGCAUACAACACCAGCAACAGAGUCCAGUGGAGCAGCGCUAUAAGGAGCUACUGGCGUUAAGGGAUCAGUACCUGAAGAAACUGGAGGAACUGCAGCUGUCAGACUCCACCCACUUGACCAAUAGCUCCACCCCCAACGCUGCCACACCUAAUCAGCACAUCACACAUUUACAAACACCAUUUUGAUCCCACUUGCAAACUGUUACAGACAUUGGACAUUUGUACAUAGCAAUAGUGAUAAUUAUGGUAACAAGAUUAGUAGUGAUGUCUGACGAGUAACAAACUAAUUAUGCAAUAAAACCACAGUAUUGCCUUCACCGCAUCAAGUUAAACCUAUACGAAAAGAGAAGCCUUAAAGUGACAGUGCUGUUUUUUCAUGCUGCGUACCAUGGACAAAAGGGAUUGAAAUUGUGGAAAAGAAUCCAAGAAACCACUUGGAUAAUGUUCGGAAUGGUCGUGUGAUGAACGAAAGAGAUCGAGUUGGAUGGACGUAUGUGAUUUGUGUGAUCCGUUAUGCAUGUUAUUAGGGAUGCUGGAUCUAAAGUGUCUAGAUCUGAAUGGAGUUUAAACAUUUCUGAAUGUUGAGCACUGGAAUUAUUAUGUCUAUAAGGUAUUAAGUGAGAGACAGAGAGUGCUGUUCUUGUUUGUUUAGAGCUAUUAACUUUAGUCUGCAUAUUGUCCAGUCAAUCCAGUGUCAAGCAGGGUCCUCAACCUUUGGAAGAGCAAUCAUUUCAUUUGUCAAUAUAUUGGUUUAACUGCAUGAAAAGCUCAAAUGACUGACCUCAAAAGGUUAAAGGAAGCUGUUAUGUCACGUAAAUUCCUUAAUGUUUCCUCUAUAAAUCUAAUUCACUGCUCAUUUGAGUGGACAGUAUGGUAGGAAAAUGGUCUGAAACAUUGAUUUACAUUAGCUUAUUGAACAGAACCAGGGUUUUUUUUUUUUUAAGCGAGUGACAAAGAGACCAUUUCAGUGCCUUUUCUCAUAUCUAAGGUUUUCAGGUGCAUAUUUUGCAGAGAAACAUUGUUUUUCAUUACAGCAGCGUUAGUGGUAGUUCAGAAUUAUAACCAUUACUCUGUGUAUGAACAACAGGUUGAUUCUUCUCCUUGUGAGGUUUGGAGAUUGAAUGCUUGUACUCCAAUCCCCACAUUCUAGCGGCUUUAGGUUUCCCCUUGGAACGACGUGCUGUUGCCACAGGAAGCUACUAUUUGGUCUCUGAUGGGACUGACUGUAUUGCUCUCCAAGAGACAUACUAUCAAAGUUCUCCAUGGUCCUUUUAGGUAGGACAGAGUGGUUGUGAUAGUAAGUCAUGUGUUUGAGCUGUCCCACAAUCAGAGUUUUGACUGACAUGGGCAAUGGAGGAUCUGAGAUAAUUGUGGGGGGCUGCUGCGAGUCAUUGCUUAUGCUGCCUCAGAAAACUGAACGUCUGAAGACUUUGACCUCAAUGAGGAUAUGAAGUUUAAACCACAGUGUGUGAAGAAGACGACAUUCAAUAAACAAUCCAACCAUUUGAGGUUGGUUGAUUUUAGAUGGGGGGGUCAAUUUUUUAUUUUGAGUACCGGAAAGAUGUAAUUACCUCAAACAAAAACCUAUUUUACUGUUGAAAGUUCUAUUGUUGUAAAAUAUAAUUAUUUUAUUCAGUGUAAAAUUUGUCAGUUUUAUAAAAGAGAAAGUAAUUAGAAAUGUUUUGGUUAUGGUAAUUGUAGGUAAUUUCCUUGACAUCCUCAUAAAUAUAUAUAUAUAUAUGUAAAUUCUUAAUGGGCAUUUAGGUUUUAUUUUGUAGUUUUUGUAAGGAACUAUUUUGUUCUUUACUCAGUGCAUGAGAUUGAGUGAAGGAAAGCUGCACAUUGGGUUUUGUUUUCCUGACAUUAACUUCAGUUAGUUUAAAGGGAUCUAUUUGUUUUUGUAUUCCCACAUGUAUGCUCUAUUUGUUGGCCAGCUGUUGUUCUGUACAUAAUGCUGAUUAAAUUAAUUUAAAGAGUUC